AUGUUUAAACCCACACCAUGUCUGAAUGCGCGGCUGCGGUUGACCACCAAGCAAGUCAACGGAGGCUAUUACAAGGGUAACCGGACAGGCAAUGUUGGAUUUUUUGGCAAGAGAAAAGGCACAUACUAUAUCGAUUGGCGGAAAGUUCGCACAUAUGUCGUUCCAGAGGGACUGGAUACAUUCAAGCUCACCCCAUUCGUUACGAAACGAAUGGAGCCCACAAGAACGCAGUACACGAAAACGAUAAUGAUCGGCGAGCGGAAGGUGGAGGCGCCACGGGCGAUGGAUGGAAAGGAUUACCUCGACGAUUGGUAUGCGAAUAACGUUUUAGAGUCUGAUCAACUGGAACGGUACCGGAAGGGAGAGGUUGUCGAAGAGGACGGUGCAGCUGUAGAGUCAGAAGUAGCUGAAACCACUUCAGAACAGUACACGGAGUCAACGGCGGCGGACAACAGUAGCAACAAGAGUCCAAGAAACCAAGUGCCCUGA